AUGGAGGCCAUUCAGUCCCUAUCCAUACCCCAGCUUGCAUAUCUUGUCACUUCUCUUAGUGCGGACCAGCCACAGCGACCUGAUGGACGAUCCUUGACGCAAUUUCGUCGCAUCACCUAUGCCAAGGGCAGUGUCUUACUGACCUGGGCCAGUGGAGCCACGACCAUUCUCGUGGGCAUCAAAGGUGAAAUAUCACAAGCGAUAGAACAAUCAGGACAAGGCGCACGGAAACGGCAUCGUGGCGGCAGUGUGGCUGUUUCGGUUGAUAUUGUUGGUGAGAGAGAUGAUGAGACGCUAGCGAUACAGCUUUCCAAGUCGCUUCAAGACCUUGUCGCUCCUCACAACAGAAGCGGUAGUCGAGGCCAGUCAAGUGGGAUUGACUUGCGCGAAUUGAAUGUCACACAUGAGAAAGCCUGGCAUUUGAGUAUCGAUGUGCAGGUCCUCUCACACGACGGCAGCAACUUGACUCCAGCGUGUGCCUGUGCAGUGAGACUUGCACUGCUCGAUACCCGGAUACCUCAAACACGGCUGGGAGCAGGAGUUGCAGGCAAUAUCGAGGGACGCGACGCCGUCAUGACGCUUGAAGAGACUGAAACAACACAAGCGACCGCACCGUCGCAAGCGCAACUUGAUUUCACAGUGGACGACGAUUACGAUAAUGCUGUACCACUUCUCUCUGCAGCGAAUAUACCACUCAUCUUGCUGGCUGGUGUCAUCGGUCCACAUGUCUUGUUUGAUUGUGAUGCUGCAGAAGAGCAGGUUUUGCGAGCACGCUAUCUUGUCUCUGUGGCAUUCCGCAAGAGCAAGUACGGAGCAUCAAGCAAAUCACAGCCUCGAUUGAGCAGCGUGGACUAG